AGAGCAAGGGCCCCUAUCGCCCGGGCCUGUCCGUCUACUCCGCUCCGUUUCCGUCAACUUGACGCCGUCCAUGGCCUCUUGUGGCGAUGACUUUUCCUUCCUCGACGACCACCAAAACCCUAACCCCGCCCAACCGCCUCCGCCUCCGCCUCCGCCUCCGCCUCCGCCACCCAAACCCCACCCCCACCCUACCAGAUCAACCCGUACGACCACGACUCCGAUCCAUUCGAUUCCGAGCCCGAUCGGAAUCCGAUUUCCGGAAAGCGCUCAUCGAUCGGGAUGAAAUCCACAGCGGAACGCCGAAGAGGUCGAGAUUGCCUUCGUCGGGAGGGAGCGGGGACUACAGGAAGGAUCGGGAGGAGUGGAGUGAUACGGCGAUCGGAUGUUUGCUCGAGGCGUAUAGCGAGAAGUUUGUGCAGUUGAAUCGGGGGAAUUUGCGAGGUAGGGAUUGGGAGGAGGUGGCGGCGAUGGUGAGCGAGAGGUGCGAGAAUCAGACGAAGAGCGUCGAGCAGUGUAAGAACAAGGUUGAUAAUUUGAAGAAGCGGUAUAAAUUGGAGAGGCAUCGGUUGAGCAGCGGCGGCGUUGCUGCGAGUCAUUGGCCGUGGUUCAAGCAGAUGGAGCAGAUCGUCGGAAAUUCUCUUGCCGCUAAAGCUGCUGCGGAGGAGGAGAAGUCGUCCGUCGGCGUUGGUGCGUCCUAUUCCGCUAGACAAUCCAAAAGGUUAGGAACAUCGAUCAACAGUACCAGUGUUCAAAUUAACAACGCCAAAUUGAAGCCAUCGAACAAUCUCAGACGACGAAGAGUGGUGUUCAAAAUUAGCGGUGCUGCUCUAGCUGGAAGUGCUGCUGCACCUAACAAUGUAGAUCCAAAGGUGGCAAUGUUGAUUGCAAAAGAAGUUUCAUUAGCUUGUUUUGCUGGAGUUGAGGUGGCUAUAGUUGUUGGUGGUAGAAACUUCUUUUGUGGAGAUUCGUGGGUCACCUCUGGAUUUGAUAGGUGCACUGCAUAUCAAAUUGGAAUGAUGGCGAUGAAGAUGAACUCCAUACUGCUGCAAUCCACACUAGAGAAAGCAGACGUGCAGGCACAUCUGCAGAGUGCAUUCUCUAUGCCCGAGGUUGCCGAGCCUUACAGCAGGCAACGAGCAAUCCGGCAUCUUGAAAAUGGAAGGGUUGUAAUAUUCGGUGGCAUUGUAGCGGGCACCGGGAAUCCACUCUUCUCCACAGAUAAAGCUGCAGCAUUUAGAGCCUCUGAGAGCAUGGUUAGAUCCGAGAGUAAUGCGCAGUCACAUGCUUCGUUGCCGCAGUGGAUGUGGGCUACUAAUGUGGCAAUAUACUUCAACCAAGCGACACUGAUCAAUGACGGAGACAAGAAUUUGUGGGGAUGGAAUGAGGAAGAUACGGAAACACAUCGGCCAUUGUUUCCAUUUUCGAAACUAUGUUCUCUCAUGCACUUGCCGUUAACAGUUCCAAGGCGACUCACUAUUCUCUUAGUAGACGAAGAGAACUGGUCUAAGGUGUGGAUACAUCACGGCUAAGGAUGUUCUUGAAUUAGUUGAGGAACAGAUCCUAAAGGGUGAAAUCGUUGAGAGGCUUUGGAGGGGCCAAGUGGGUACUACUAUUGGCAAAUCAAGUGCGGCCUUAUUUGAUAACCACAACCCACCAAGUGGGCUUGAUACAGUUAAAGUUAAACAAAAAGAGAUGCCACCUGGAUUGUGGUUAUUAUAUUAAGCAUCACUUCAUCUGCUACUAUUGCUUAUGGCAUCUACCGAAGAAGAAGGCAAAGAAGAAGAAGAAGGCGGCUCAGGCAAAGAAGAAGAAGAAAAAUAAGGAGGAAAGAGGGAGUAGGGAGCAGGUAAAAGAAAAAAAGGAGAACGGCUAGUGGCUGCAACCAUUUGUAUUUUGUAAUUUUUUAUCAUAUCAAUACUUUUAUAUUUAUUUUUAUGUACCUUUUAUUUUUAAUUUAAUUUAAUGAUUUACUAUA